GUUGGGACAUGACGCAGGUCUGGGGGGUGCAGCAGCCCACGACCACUCCAGUCCUCCUCUGCGCUCUGCGCUCAGACGCAUCGUGCGCUCAGAGGUGGAGGAACGAGGCGCUCGCUCCGCGGAGGGAGCAGCAGCUUUCUGAGAGAACAGCCUCUCUCUUUUCCCCGCAGCGCUGAGAGAUCUGUGGAGAUGGUCGUGAUGAAGUUGCUGUGUGUGCUGGCUGUGACUCUGUCUCUGUGUGCAGAUGCCAAGUCUUUACCGAUCGAACAAGACGGCACACGGGAUAACCUGCUCACCCACUGUUUGGUUCAGAUCCUUUCUAAGGCACUGUCCAAACCAGAUGGAACGCCCCUGCAGGCCGAAUGUAAAGAAAUUCUCAAGGCAGGUUCCACUCACUCUUCUCCUGUGAACAAGAACGAGGAAGAUGUUCUUCCCCCAAAGCAAGAGGAGGUGAGGCAUGAAGGGGGAUCCAUAGAAAAAGCACAGGAGGCCAUUGCUAAACUUCUCAAAGCAGAAGAGGAAAAACACGAGGAUGAGUAUGAAGAACGCAGCCAGGAGGAAUUUCCAAAUUACUACAAGAGACACCACCUUUUAACAAGCAAGGAAAAGCGCGAAGACACAGAAGACGAAAGGAGCCAAGAAGAAUUCCCUCAAAAAAGGCAUCAUUUGUUCUCCACUAAAGAGAAGCGCGAGGAUCCAGAUGAAGAGCGAAGUCAAGAAGAAUUUCCAACCUACGAGCAGAAAAGGCACCACCUCCAAACAAGCAGGGAAAAGCGUGAUGAACCCGACGACUAUGACCGCAGCCAAGAAGAGUUCCCAAGUUAUGUUCACAAGUACCACAAGAGAGAUGGAGAUUCACCCGAUGAAGAGUUUGCUGAAUCAGCAGAGGAAGAGGAUAGAGAUAAACGACACUGGAGACCAGGCCAUAAACAUCAAAGGAAAUAUCACAAACGGGAUGAUGAAGAUUUUGCUGAACUGAGCUCUCAAGAGAAGAGGCCUGAAGAAUCAGCUGAGGAAGACGAAGAAGAGGAGGAUAGAGCUAAAAGACAUUGGAGACCAGGUCAUAAACAUCAGAGGAAAUAUCACAAACGAGAUGUAGAUUCAGGUGAAGAACUUGGCUCUCAAGAGAAAGGACCUGAAGAGUAUGUAGAAGAAGAGGAAGAGGACAGAGACAAACGACAUUGGAGACCAGGUCAUAAACAUCAGAGGAAAUAUCAUAAACGGGAUGGGGACUCAUCUGAUGAAGAUCUUGGUGAAUCAUUGGAGGAAGAGGAAGAAGACAGGGACAAACGACACUGGAGACCAGGACAUAAACAUCAGAGGAAAUAUCAUAAACGAGAUGUGGAGUCAGAUAAAGAACUUGGCUCUCAAGAGAAAGGCCCUGAAGAAUAUGUAGAAGAAGAGGAAGAAGACAGAGACAAACGACAUUGGAGGCCAGGUCAUAAACAUCAAAGGAAAUAUCAUAAACGGGAUGAGGACUCAACUGAAGAAGAUCUUGGUGAAUCAGUGGAGGAAGAGGAAGAGGAUAGGGAAAAACGACACUGGAGACCAGGACACAAACAUCAAAGAAAAUAUCACAAACGAGAUGUGGAGUCAGAUGAAGAACCUAGCUCUCAAGAGAAGGGACCUGAAGAAUAUGUAGAAGAAGAGGAAGAGGACAGAGACAAACGACGCUGGAGACCAGGUCAUAAACAUCAGAGGAAAUAUCACAAACGGGAUGGGGACUCAUCGGAUGAAGAUCUUGCUGAAUCAGUGGAGGAAGAGGAAGAGGAUAGGGACAAACGACACUGGAGACCAGGCAACAAACAUCAGAGGAGACACAAGCGAGGUGAAGAAGAAGAAUCAGAAGAUAUGGAAAGUGAGGAGAGAGAUAAGAAGGCUUGGUGGCCCAGCCAAUGGUUCCAACAUCAGAGAUACCGCAAACAUGCUGGAGAAUCAUCUGAAGAUGACUCUGAAGAUCAGCCACCUGAGAAAACAUAUGAAGAGCACAAGAAGCCCCAUUCACCUGAGGAGGAAGAGGAGGAGCUAAUUGCCAGAGAGAUCAAGGAGAACGGGCACCACAGCCCUUCAGAAGAAGAGAAGCAAGAGAAGGAGGCAGCACUGAGAUACCUGACUAAGAAAAAGAACGAGUUGGAGGAGCGUCUGCUGAAGGAGGGCGAGGUUUACGAGAAGCGCAAUCCCUGGAUUUAUCGAGGAUACUACCAUCCAGCCUGGUAUAAGAGGAAUUCUGAGCUUGCCAACACCAUUCGCUACAAGCGAGGUUUACUGACCCAAAACGAUUCAUCUGAGGGGGAACUGCACGAGAGGGCUCUUAAUGCAGAUGAGUUAAAAGAACUGGAGAAACUGGCCUCAAUGGACCAACAAAUAAAACAUACAGAUUAGCAAACUUCGGAAGCAGAAAGGAAACAGCCACCCAGACGAGACGAAACAGCUAACAUUCCCCCGUUAUGAUCGUCCAGAGGCUUUGUGCGUUGCUGCUUUGGGAUGCUUUUUGGAUUAUUUCCUAUAUUUGAACUUGAUGUUAAAAAUGCCAAAAAAAAAGAAUGCUCUGCUUAUAGCAUUGGUCCACAGUAAUGUUUUAUCUUAUGUGAGAUAUUAUAGACAGUGAAAGCCUUAUAUUACCUAACUGCAAUGUUGAAUUUAAAAUAAAUUAGUUCAAACUGCCUGAAAUGGGGAACAAAAUAGGAAAAAAAACUACAAAAGCACAAAACUAUGCCUGUUUACUAUUCUGCAUCUAAUAUUAUAAUUGUGAAAUUUGAUGUUAAACCUAAUGCAUGAAAUCUACUGAUUAAAGACAUUUGGUGUUGUUUUCCAUUCUGUAUAACUUAUUAUUCUAAAUAUAUUUAUAGAGCCUGCUUUUGUUGUGUGCAUCUAAUAAAACGUGCUACAAUGGGACCAAAGCACUAAUAGUCAUGUCUCUUAAUUUUAUGCUCCUUGCUUAACAAUAAAGAAAACAAACAAAAGACA